AUGGACUUUAUUUCGGUGGUGCGUGGUGGGGUUCAUGCAUCCUUACGAUCCCACGCUUAUUUCUUUCGUGCUGACCCAGCACCACCAGCAAAACUACUACCUCGUGACCUGGCUUCCGAAGCUGUAGUCGGUGUGACCAUGAUCGGAGCAUUAACCCCAACUCAAAAGGCCGCUACAAUGCGGAAAUACGACGUUCGAGUGCCGCGUCUGCGAGAGCAACUUGAUUGGUACCGUAAAAACAACCAUUUGUACGAGCAAAUUUACGAAAUACCUAACUGGGAGACGCCAAUGACCACUAUGUGCACUCGGAUAGUAGUUGAUUACUGCGAGAGUGACCAGGCUGCUGUGGAUGUUAAUAGCAGUUUGCGUCAUGCUUCACAGGGUUUACACAUUCAAAACUCGCAGUCAACCCCACAGAAGCAAACUAUCCGGAGACAAAACCUGCAACCGCCGGAUUUGCAACGUGCUGAUGAGUCAUCGACUGAAGAGAAUUUGCUGGACUGCGAUUCAACCAUUGUGCCGGUGUCUCCGCAAGGUCUCGUAGCACUGAUGCAUUGCGGUCAUUUGUUCAACAAUGUCAUGAUGAACUUGACCUCGCAACAUGGAGACACAAUGCUCCGACCGCAGCAUAUAUCGACGUAUCGGAGGAAGACGAGAGUUGUGAGCAAGAAGCAAUUGGUGUGA